AUGGGUGAAACAGUCGUGCCGAAACAAAAGUUCUAUACCAUAGGCGAUAAAGAAGAAUUCGACCCGGAGAGGUGGAUUUCGAGUACCCCAAAUAAGCUACCGAAACGUGACCCAGAGACACAUGUCAAUGUCCUCAUUGUGGGUGCCGGAUUCGCUGGACUGAUGACGGCACUGGAGUGUUGGAGAAAAGGGCAUAAUAUUGUGGGCAUUCUAGAACGUAACGAAGGCCCGAAUUACAGCGGAGAUCUUAUUAUCAUCCAGCCUUCAGCCAUUUCUGUUUUUCGCCACUGGCCUGACAUGCGCUGUGAACUCGAAGAAGAUAAAGUCACCGCCCCGACAUUUUACUACAGACACAAUAGUGAGCUCAUUUAUGGGCCUUCGGAACCCAGCUACAAUGACCCGGAGCACUUGGCCGAGCGUGAAGGUCUGCCGUAUGUAGGCCCGGUACAGAUCCGAAAGAAGUUUUACAGGAUGCUAUUGCGGCAAGUGGCUAAAAUAGGUAUCACAAUUGACUACGGGCAACGUGUCGACAAAUACUUUGAAGAUGAAAAUGCUGGACUUGGUGGUGUGAUAACAGAAGAUGGCUCAGUUCGAGUGGCUGAUAUUGUCGUUGCAGCCGAUGCCUUCAAGUCCCGGUCCGAACUUCUGAUUGCUGGUAAACACAUGCCCACACGGUCAAGCGGAAUGUCUGUCUAUCGUGUAGCUUUCCCGGCCCACCUUGCAAUGCAAAAUGACUUGGUCAGGAAGCGGUGGGAAGGUGUUACGGCAAAUGAGUUCUGGCUUGGAGCUGGCAUGCAUAUGGGGUUGUUCGUAUCUCCUGACCUCGUGGCUUUUGGUAUGACUCCGCGAGAUGAGUUCUUGGUAGAGGGUAGUGCCAAGGCCAAGGAAUCAUGGGAUCCCGAUGUCGAUCCUGAAGAAGUCGGUAAGCUUCUUCAUCGCCUUCCUGGCUGGGAUCCUGCAGUUGAAGCGUUGGUACGCGCUACUCCGAGGGGAGCCUUGAUCCACUGGCCACUACUAUGGCGCAAUCUCCGCAAGGAGUGGACCUCUAAGGGCGGGCGGGUUGUUCAAGUGGGAGACUGUGCACAUUCCACAAUACCUGCAUCUGUCAGCGGUGGGACCCUAGCUCUCGAGGACGCAAUAACGCUGGCAUCGUGUUUGCAGUUAUCGUCUUAUGGAGGAGCCAGCGGUGCGCCUCUUGGAGCCAAAAUCUACAAUUUAAUGCGAUACCAGCGUGUCAGCUGCACGCAGAAAAUGGCCUUCGUCAAUUCACAGCUCUUGAAUGCUACUAGUGAUUGGGAAGACAUAAUGAAGGAUCCUAAGAAAGUACGCCUCCGUUUCCCGAAGUGGGUGUUCCGACAUGAUCCUGAAGCAUAUGUAUAUGAGAAAUAUGGGCAGGCUUUUGCGCAUCUAGUCACUGGUGCUGAGUAUGAGAAUACAAACUACCCACCAGGACAUAAGUUUGUACCUUGGACGAUUGAAGAAAUCUAUAAGGACAUUGAGGAUGGGAAAAGAAUUGAGCAAUUGCUGGAUGGCGAUUGGUCAUAG